CGUUACUCUGCGUUACUCGUUGAGUCGCGGGUAAAUUCAUGAAACUUGUUGUUUUAGAAGGCCAAACGAUUUAUUGGCAAUAAUGGCAGACCCAGGGAAGGGUCGGGGUCGAGGCCAGGCGUUGCUGGAGGCUCUCAGAUCCCAUAUGACUCCUCCAUCAUCUGAAGAGCCAUCUCCACAAUCUAGUGCUGCUCCUAGUGCUGUGAGCUCAAGUACAAUGAGCGGAAGGGGCAGGGCGGCAGCUAUGCUGUUAUCAAAAAUGCAAAAACCUGGCCCCACUCAUUUUAGCCCAGCAUCAGAUGUCAGCCCUAGUCCAAGCACAGUCUCAGUCGGGAGAGGCAGAGGACUGAAGCUACUGGAAAGUCUGAAAGUUGCUUCCCAGAUUUCUCAGUCUACAUCUGCCAGCAGAGUUGUAGAGAGUUUGACUGGGCAAAUGGCAGAAAGCACCGUCUCCACUGCUCAUACAACUGAUACAGUGGGGAAGAAUAAAUUCUUUAGAGAAGUAAAAGUGACACCACCUGUAGUCAAAAGGGGCGAAACUGGCACACCCUGCGAAGUGACUGCAAACUUCAUUUACUUGAAUUUUGAAGAGAACAACGUGUUCGAGUAUGAGGUUCGGUACGAACCGGACACGGAUGCCAAACAUUUGCGCUUCAAGCUCUUGAACGAGCACAAACACUUGUUCAAAGAGAAGACGUUUGACGGCACUACACUGUAUGUACCACAUUUGUUGCCUGACGAAGCACUCAACCUUGUGUCCACCAAUCCCUUUGACGAAAGCAAAGUUAACUUGAAAAUAAUAUUCCGACGCACCCGGCGCCUCAGUGAGAUGAUUCAGAUAUACAACAAUCUGUUCAAGCACAUAAUGAAGGACCUGCAGCUCGUGCGCUUUGGCCGGCAACACUUCAACGAGCACUCGGCCAUUCAGAUACCGCAGUAUAAGCUGGAAGUUUGGCCUGGCUAUGUAACAGCAGUGGAUGAAUACGAGGGAGGUCUCAUGUUGACACUGGACUCCACACACAGAGUGCUACGGACUCAGAGCGUACAUUCGCUUAUCAGGGAAACACUAAAUUCUGAAGGGUCGAAUUGGAAGAACGUUUUAUCUGAUAUACUGGUUGGCAGCUCCGUUAUGACCACUUACAAUAAGAAACUGUUUCGAGUGGACAGUAUAGAUGACACAAUGAAUCCAAUGUCGACAUUUAAUAAGAAUGAAAAGGGACAAAUGGUGAAAAUAAGCUACAUGGACUACUACAAGAAGUACUAUGGUAUUGAUAUCAUGGACGUCAGGCAACCAAUGCUGAUUUCGAGAGAAAGCAAGCAAUUGCCAGGGUGUGAACAGAAGACCGAUUUCAUGAUAUGCUUGGUGCCGGAACUGUGCCAACUUACUGGGCUCUCGAAGGCACAGAGGGAGAACUUCCGAUUGAUGAAAGAUGUCGCAACAUAUACAAGGAUCACGCCGAACCAGCGACACUCUGCUUUCAAAAAGUUCAUCCAAAAUGUUCUAAACAACGAAACUGCGAAGAACCGUCUCAAAGGCUGGGGGCUGAGCAUAGCUCCGGAGACCAUAAACCUCACAGCAAGGACUUUGCCACCGGAGCCUCUGUUCUUUGGCAACAAUGUCAAGGUGCCGGGCAAACCCAACGCGGAUUGGAAUGGAGACAUUUGCAGGAAUGCUGUCAUGCACGCUGUGGAUAUAUGGAAAUGGGUCGUGUUGUACACUGAUCGGGACAAAAACGUCACUAAUGAUUUCGUCGAAACAUUGAAGCGGUGCAGCCGGCCGAUGGGUAUACAGGUAUCCAAUCCAGACCUCAUACGUUUGCCUAACGACCGCGUGGACACCUACGUACAAGCUUUAAAGAAGUGCAUCGUUAGCGAUCUGCAAUUAGUCGUGGCGAUAUCACCGUCGAUGCGGGAUGAUCGCUAUUCGGCCAUCAAGAGGAUCUGUUGUGCGGAGAACCCUAUACCAUCGCAGGUAAUCAACGCUCGCACGAUAUCGAACAGCCAGAAGAUCCGUUCGAUCACUCAGAAGAUACUCCUGCAAAUAAACUGCAAGCUCGGCGGUACGCUGUGGAAUAUCAGCAUCCCUUUUAAGUCCGCCAUGAUUGUAGGCAUCGACUCUUACCACGAGGCGACUCAGAAGAAAGAGAGUGUUUUCUCAUUUGUGGCCUCGUACAACCAGUCGAUGACAACCUGGUACUCGAAGGUGGUGUUCCAGAAGCGUGGCCAGGAGAUCGGCGACUGCUGCAAGUACUGCAUCGUGGAGGCGCUGAAGCACUACCUGCGCGUCAACUCCCAGCCGCCCGACCGGAUCAUUAUUUACAGGGACGGAGUCGGCGACGGCCAGCUCAACACCAUAAAGAAGUUUGAGAUCCCGCAAAUGAAGAUCAGCAUCAAGGAUCUCAAGGAGGAAUACAAUCCCUCCAUCACGUAUGUCGUGGUGCAGAAGCGAAUCAACACGAGGAUAUUCCUCAACCAGGGCUCAGAGUUCGCGAACCCCAACCCAGGCACAGUUCUCGAUCAUACGGUUACGAAACGAGAUUGGUACGACUUCCUCCUCGUAUCACAGAAAGUGAACCAAGGGACAGUCACUCCGACUCACUACGUCGUGGUCUACGACGACAGCCCUAUGACGCCAGACCAGUGCCAGCGGCUCACGUACAAAAUGUGCCAUCUGUACUACAACUGGCCUGGCACGGUCCGCGUGCCAGCGCCAUGCCAGUACGCCCACAAACUGGCGUACCUAGUGGGCGAGAACAUGCGUGUAGCACCGUCAGAAGUACUGGCGGAUAAACUGUUCUUCUUGUAAAGUUGUGACUCCCCGCAGGUCAAUUGCGUAUCUCGUUGGACUUCUACAGUUGUACGCUACGCAAAGUGUCUCAAUCUACGGUGUGCCGCCACAUAGCGGCCGUAAUGUGACGGUGAAACGAAGAACUUAAUGACGGUUGUCGAAACGCUUUUGCUCAACGUUUCUAGUACGAACCGCUAGAACGUUUUCCCUUCCGGUACCUGUUUCCUGCCACGUAUAACCUAAAUAACUUCAAGAGCGAAUAUUCGUCUUUUAUAUUCUAUACACGGAGAGAAGUUAAUAUAAGGCGAGUGCCUAAUCGUAAUCCCAUACAAAUGACAAAGACAAAAAGUCAGUGGGCGUUAAUCAUUUUGAGUGACCAACCAAUCACAAACGAGUCUAUGUUUUCCGUACUACUCUAUUCACGGAAACAAGUUUGUACGGAAAACAAGCUCGUUUGUGAUUGGUUGGUCACUCAAAAUGACUUUUUGUCUUUAUCGUUUGUAUGGGAUCGCGUAACGGAGAGAGCCCUAUAUUAACUUCUCUCUGUGGAAGGAGUUAAGGCAAGUGCGCGUCUUGUCGUCAAGGGCAAACCUAUCUUGCAGUAAGAAAAAAUGGUAAGGACACGUGGCAUGAUACAUCAUCGUUACAGUGGUCACGGGUGACUAGAAACUGGCAAGGGAGUCGACGGUUCAAUGACGUCAUUCGACGUAACAUUACGACCGCUAUGUGGCGGCACCUCUUGGAAAUCGUAGAUUAACAAGUAAUAAAAUUAUAAGUAGCAACGUCCAUGCUAGCAAUAUCAUUGUUUAUCACUGAGAUUCCGUGUUUUAUACCAUAACUUAUGUUAUGUAUUAUGUAGUUGAUAAAAUAUACAUGGUGUAACCAGAAUGCUAGCAAAAACUUGGCGUUAUUAUUCUACUACAUUAACACAAUCCAAUGCCAAUAACUACAAACUAAGGCAAAUGCCCUAUUUUGUAGUUUUAGUGAUUUUGUAUUUUUCAAACAUUGUUAUAGCGUGCAAAACUCAGGUCAAUGCCCCAACUACGACGCGGCAUUGACUUCAAGCGACCUGUUUACGGAACGUUCGUUGACCUCUAGCGCCAGUCAGACGUUUUAUUUGGAAUAUAUUGUGAAUUUAGAAAAAUACCGGAUUU